AUGGCGUGGUCAGGCCCGACCGCCCUCUCCUUGACUCACCUCCAGCCCGGGAGGGCUGGGCUCAACCGCGUUGGACAGGGCGCCGCCCGCACCGCCCCAGCUGCGCCACCGCCCCGGACUGUGCCGGCGCAGGAGGCCGCCCUCGUCGGCGCCCCCGGGUGGGGCAGGUCGAGCCCGGUGCGCUAUCCCUUUAAGCCCGGGCGAGAUGGGAGCUGUCAGCGACAGCCGAGGCUAGCGCGGGACGUAGCCGCCCGCCAGGCCGCAGCGAGGAGCGAGGAGCAAGCGGAGAGCCGAGGGGGCGGCGGCGAGGUGUGUGUGCGCGCCCGGGUGUGCGCGUGUGUGCGCGAGUGUGAGCGCCCAGGAGGGUGGGAGCGCGCGUUAGGGAUUCUGCUGGCAUCGCAGAGUGGAGAGCAGGAGGCAGGAGCGGGGCGCGCAGGGGAGCGCGGUGCCCUCCCGUGCACACGCACACACACCGCGCGCGCUCACACACACAUACACAUACACACACACGCGCACACGCCCUCCCUGCCUCGCUCGUUGCCGCGGCCACCAUCUCAGAGCCGAGCCCUGCGGAGCGGGAACCCAAGCCGGAGCGGGAACAGGAGGGGAACGGAGCCGGGGAAUGCAGCCCCAGAGAGGAGCUGCGCGCGAACUGCGCGCCCGGGACGCCUCCUGCUCCCACAGGCCCUGAGGCUCCUGUGCCCACAGGCAAAGAGAGAGACCGAGUCAAACCAGGCUGAUCCCCCAGCAGCUGCACUCCCCAAACGCCUGCCCGACCUGAGGUGUCCCUCUGAAGAGGCCCUGAGCCCGCUCACGCUAAGCCCCCCGAGAGGGUCAUGAAGCACCACCACUGUUCACCUAAGAUGACUUCUGACCCUCUGCAGGACUUGUGAAAGAGCUCACACGGGAACCACAUCUGCAUUGAGA